GCGCGCGGCGCAGGUGCUGGGUGAGAGUGCACGCGGCAGGUGUUGUUCGGGUUUGAGUUGCGCGCGAUUUUGUUUCCUCUUCGGGUUUUUUUUUUUUUUUUUAAAUAAAUAAAUAAAUAAAUAAACCCCGCAUGAUGACCACGCUGUUGCUGCUGCUGUCCUGCGCGCUGUGCGUUCACUCUUUUCCGCUGGGGGACGACAGGAACACCCGCAGGUACAAAGACCCGACGGCAUGGCCAGAGAAGAUUCAUCAUAACACGCUGAAGAAGAGGGGAAGAGUACCGCAUGCUCAAAACACACUAAAAGAAGACUUAGAGAUUAAGAGGUGGCAACAUCACUCCGCUGUCUCCAAGAAUGGCAGUGACAUCUGGAACAGGCCACGGUGUGGAGUCCCAGACUACCCUUCAAAGCAAGAAAGCUUCUAUAAUGUACUACAGAGCGGGGGCCGACAUGUUGGACGGUACCGAGGCAAGCGCUAUGCUCCAAUCAAGGGAUGGAACAAGACCAGCUUCACAUACAAGAUCCUAAGGACGCCGUGGCAGAUGAAUUUGGAGAAAGUGCGGGAGGUGUUUAGGGACGCUGUACAGGUCUGGAGUCAUGUCACUCCUCUCACCUUCACCGAGGUCCAAGGGGGUCAUGCCGACAUCACCAUCGACUUUGUUAGGUAUGAACAUGGAGAUAAGCUGCCUUUCGAUGGUCCAGGAGGAAUCUUGGCCCAUGCCUUCUUUCCUAGAACUCACCGGCAGGGAGAAGUACACUUUGACUAUGAUGAGCAUUGGACUUUGGGCAACGGCAUGGGCACAGACAUGCUGCAGGUGGCUGUUCAUGAAAUCGGCCACACUCUCGGGCUGCAGCACUCCACAGAUCCUGGCUCAGUCAUGUCUGCCAUCUAUAGCUUCUCCUACCCCCCACAGCUCAGCAAGGACGACGAGAUGCGCAUCCAGUCCCUGUAUGGCGUCAGGACUGUACCACAGAGGGAGCCAGAGUUAGACACCAAUGACAUCAUGCUAGUACCUAAUUCCUGUGACACAGACUUCGAUGCUGUGUCGAUGAUCCGUGGUGAGCUGUUCUUCUUCAAAUCGGGCUACGUGUGGCGCAUACGUGAUGGUAAACUGCAGGACGGGUAUCCUGCUUUAGCCUCCAGACACUGGCGUGGAAUUCCUUAUAAUAUAGAUGCAGCAUAUGAGGACACAUCUGGAAACAUCUGGUUCUUCAAAGGUCAGAAUUACUGGGUGUACGAUGCUGAAAAGCAGAUCAGCGGGCCAGAUUCAGUGCAGAAACUGGGACUUCCUGUCAGUAACAUCCAGGCAGCCUUGAUGUGGGGUGAAGACAAAACCCAGAAGGUGUACUUCUUUAAGGGAGAAAACUACUGGCGUUUUAACCCACAGGACAACUGGGUGGACAUGAGCUAUGCUCGCACCAUGGUGGACUGGAGGGGAAUCCCGAAUGACAUUGAUGCUGCUUUCCAGGAUCGCUAUGGCUUUGCCCACUUCCUGAAAGGUAGACAGUACUGGAAGUUUGACCCAGUUGAGGUCAAGGCCCUCGAGGGAUACCCCCGCUACAUUAGCAUGGACUUCUUCAAUUGCCCCACCUACAAGUAUCAAUAAACCUCCAGCACAAACGGAGCUUAACCAACUGAAAUUGUUACGAACUUGAAGAUGUUUCAGAACCUUUUUACAGUUUAAACCAAGACCAACUACCUUGACUUACUACUUUUAAUUAUUCAAAGUGACCUGGAUGAUCUUGGUGACCCACAUUUCACACUUAUCACAGGUACAAUAAUUCAUACAUCCUCACAUGACCAAAAGGCAGGUUGGAUGAAACCAGCUAAUGAUGCACAAAUUUCUGGAAGAUUUCCAGCCACACACAACCAUGACACGUCUCAGGAAAAGCAUGUAUGCCUUGCCUUUCCAGUUUCUUCAUUUUCUGCUGUCUUGUGCAGAAUUUGAUUAUUUAUUGUCUUUGUAUUUCGCCAUCAUCUUCAGUAUUGUACUUACUGAGAACUCAGCAUCUGCUUUCUUUGUGAAGUGCCAAAGUGUACUGUUUCACUUUUUUUCUCCACUUUCUUUUCUUACUUUUUUAUACACAAAGGUGCUAAAAUGACACACAGGGAAGGCGUUUUGUACCUCAGACGUCAAUUUUUUUAUCCAAAGAAACACAAUAGCUCAGGUAUGUCAUUGAGUGCUGAGCUAGGAGAAGGAAAAGGCAGUCGAAGGCAAACUUCACAUGUAAUUCAUCACAGUUUGUAACUUUGGGAAGACUGUCAUUGAGUAAGAGAUAACAUCCAGCUAGGUGGAUUAACAUUUCUCUGACCAAGUUUGCUAUUUUCUUUUCACCUCAGCAGGCAUGAGCUCAAGUAUACCAUGGCCACGUACCAGCUAAAUGAUAACGAUAGCUAAACGAUAUGCAUGUAGCAAAAAAGUUAUUUAUUUAGCUAGCUACCACCACCACAAUGGUAACUCCAAAUGCAACAGUGUUUUAUUCCUCUUAUACCACGGCAAUUUGCUGAUGAUUACUUUUUUAAUCAUUAAAGAAUGACAUGUACAUUUGAUCCAUUUAUAGUUACAUUUUUUUUUAAUUUCACUUAUGUUACAAACAUUCAUUCCUUUGACUGCCUUUCUUUUAAUAAAUAAUGUUAAUAAACAAAAAAACCCCACAACUUGUCAAGUUACCGAGAAACUGGACAGCGCAGUUCGUGAAGACUUUCCUAUGGCAGAAAACUUACUGACUGUUUUCAAGCACUGACACUGGAGACUCCUUCCAUAUAUGUUAAAUAAACAUCUCUUUACAUUUACAUUUAUUCAUUUAGCAGACGCUUUUAUCCAAAGCGACUUACAAAUAAGGAAAAACAACCUAAGCGAUAAAUCAAGCAGAGAACAAUACAAGUAGUGCUACCAUACAAGAUUUUUUAAUUGAGUACUAGAGGAGCAAAGUGCACAGUGAGGAGGUGUAAGAGCAGGUGUAGGUGCAGAUUUUUUUUUUUUUUUUUUUUUUUUUUAGUCUUUACAGAAAUGUUCACCUUGACAACAAAUAAAUGUUUUUCGUUAUGUUUUAAAAAUCUGUUUUUCUUUUAUUAUUUGUAUUUGAUCAUGUGGAACGUCCACCAUACACACCCCUAUGAAUUGGCUGUUACUAUUGAAACAAUUACUGUGAAAUGAAUUAAUGCCAGCCAAUCAGCAAGGAGUAUUUCUUGAUUUCAUUACUGAAAUCUGUAUUGUAGCAUGAUGCAGUGCAGGACACUGAUGCUACCGUGUCAAUCAACGUUGCCUUGUUUGAAAUGACUACAGGGCAUUUUUGAUACUUUACACAGCUCAGGAAGUGAACUGUGCUCUAACCCAGAAGCAGAAGCACUGGUAAUGUGUUAGCGACCUUAUAAAAGGAACAGCACUGUAUCACGCUUUAAUAUAAUCUCUCAAGUAAUCUGCGUUCUCAUCUUCUACCGUAAUCCUAUGUACUGUGUAAAUAGUUGUAAAAAGAAUUGUAUUAUAUGUGUGCUUCAAUAAACAUUUCUUGAAUUAUUCUAUCUUGUCUUGUCAUUAGUACACCAGAGACACGCACGCCAUAG